UAUUCUCACCCCGUUCAGUACAUAGUGUUAAUACAUACAUAGAGACACAUCACAAGCAAUAAACAUAUUACCAGAGGACAGAUGUUUUAGGCUUGUUCUUCCUGGCACAGUAGAAGGUAAACACAUCUCCAGUUCCUCGGCGCUAGUGACAAACUCUUGUAUCGUCCACUAAAUCAACAACGAGAAGAGACUCUUGCAUUUCUUAGUGUCAAUUUCAAGAACGGAAGCUUCUGUUGCAUACAGUAAUAGCAACCAGCAUCAAAGAGAUGGAUAACAAAGAUGGGCAUCAUCCAAACUGGAAAGCUUUGGCCACAGCCCAUAUCAAGUGGAAAGUAUUUAUUCAAGCAAAGCCGGAACCACUAUUUGAGCAAAUUGAGGAGGAAAGGAAGAAAUUUAGCACAUCACUUAAUGGGGAAGGUGCCAAGAAGUUUUAUGAGGAAUUAUUGGAUGAACGUUACCAACCCAGCACUAGUGCUCAUAAAGAACGGUCGGAAGAGGAAAAUUGUGAAAGAACAUUUGAAUGUUAUGAUCUUGAAGAGGUUGAGGACCAAAAAGAGUACAGUGGAAAAAGGGAAUGUGCUCAAUCUAUACAUAAGGCCAUGGCACUUGCUCAGAAUAAUGACGUGGCUGGUCUAAGAAAACUGCUGACGAGUGGUUUUAAUGUUAAUGUGAAAGAUGAGUAUGGAUGGUCACUGUUGAUGGUCGCUGCGUGUGCUGGUGCUAAAGACACGGUGCAAGUAUUACUUGAUCACAAAGCAAGAAUGGGGGCAAGAGAUAGUAAAGGUAACACGGCCAUAUAUUUAGCAACUAUGAAGGGACACAAAAAGAUUGUUGAGAUGUUGAUAAAAUCCAGCAAAAAGAAAAGUAACUCGCAGUCAGAUGAAGAAAUGAGAGUUUCUCAUCCAAAGAGAGAACCUCAAACUAAGGGGUUCUUCUGUGGUGUUUGCCAAAGAACCAUUAAGGAAAGUUCACAUCUCCAGCACGAGACCUCCAUUGUUCAUCAGUUUAAGUUGGGGACAGGUGCAAAUAAAACUAUUUAUGGUAUUCCUCCCAGCAAUAAAGGCUACCAACUCCUUGUUAAUCAAGGUUGGGAUACAGAGAAGGGUCUUGGUCCACACAGGUCUGGUGCCAAGUUUCCCAUUAAGACUGUGUUGAAGAGAGAUAGAGAAGGUUUGGGAAAUAGUGCCAAAGAUACUCCAAGAGUGACCCACUUUGGUCCAGCUGAUACAGAGGCAGUUAAGAGAGUUUGUAAAGCGAGUGAACGCAUAGAGCGAAAAAGUACACUUAGCAAGAGGGAGGCCAAAAUGCAAAAAACAAGAGAUGUAAAAAAAGAAAUAGAAAUAAGACGAAUGUUAAAUGAACCAGAUUAUUGACAUUGCCUCUCCCUGUGUAUAUAAUACAGUAGUUGAAGAUGCAGACUGAGGACUCAGGAUCGCUUAACACCAUGACCAAGUCUCCAGAAAUGCUGCAAAAGUACUUGGAGGAGGUGGAAGCAGCUGCCGAAGAGGUAAUCUGUGACCGACAAGAGAUUAUCACUCUUGAUCGUCGACGUAACACCAAUAGGGAGGCGCUGCG